AUGUCGGGAUAUACACACAAAGUCUCCAAAUUCUGCACUUCAAAAAAGGAGGGAAAAUGCAAGGGUCCCGUGCAGCUCCCGGGACUUACUGAGAACCACUUUGUUACAAAUGUAUCCAAAGUCCCCAGCACCAGAGACUUCUGGGGCGCCAGUCGUCCUCGCUGCACUCGCUCCGCAGCUUCCAGAGGUAGCGGUUGUGCUACGAAGGCAGACCCUGCCAAGCUGGCCGACAAGAUGCUGCGUACCCCCAAGUGCUCGCGGUGCCGGAACCAUGGUUUCCUGGUGCCGGUCAAGGGCCACGCGGGCAAGUGCCGCUGGAAGCAGUGCACCUGCGAGAAGUGCUACCUGAUCACCGAGCGCCAGAAGAUUAUGGCAGCGCAGAAGGUGCUGAAGAAGCAGGCCUCCGAGGAGGAGCAGGAGAUGGCCCUUGGCGCGCACGGGCCGGAGCUGUUGUCUGGGGCUGCGGCCGCCGCCCCGGGCUCAAGCCUCCGCCAGCUGCUUCCGCUGGCAGUUUCGGGAGACCGGGAGGUAGGCCCGGCGUGCCGCGUGGCUGCGGGCUUCCCGGAGAGGCCCCCGCGGGGCCCGAGCCCGGGCCCGAGUGCCUUCCAGCCAGUUCUGGGCGGCCACGGCCACGUGGGGCUGAGCGAACGAGCCACCGUGGCCAUGCCCGGUUCCGUGGGGCCCCAGCUCGGGGCGGAGGACGCAGGCAAGGGCUACGCCGGCCGCUUGGAGCUGCGCAGGCCAAUGCGGCCCGUGCCCAGCCCACCAUUCGCCGACUUCGGGCUCCCUCUGAGCAUUAGCUCAGAUUCUGUGGUGGGGUCCGAGUACCUGGAGAGAGAGCCUUCCAAGCUGUACCCCAGCUGCUCCAACAUGCAUUCCUACUGCCCAUUCCCACUGGGCUACCAGGAUGGAUCCCCCACUCCGGGGAUCCCCCUGCAGCGGGGCUUCCGGCAUGUGUCCUGCAGCCACUUCCAUGGAGGAGCCUUGGUGCCCGAGCCGGUGGGAGACUUCCAGCCCAGCUACUACCCGCCGCCGCCGCCGCCGCCGCCGACCCCGCAGCCUCAGUUUCUCCCGCCGGGCUUCCUGUCUGCACUCCACUUCCUGCCACCGCUGCCGCCGCCCCCGCCGCCGGCCUCCUUCUCUCUCGCUGUCCCGUCUGAUACAGACAGGGAAACUGCUGACGACCAGGACCAGGAGACCGAGGGGCCCGAGGUGCCGCCCCGUGAGCCCAGCCAGCCACCCUUUCAGGAGCCGUCCGACUAGGCCCGGGCACUGGGGCCAGUGGGCUGGGGGCGUGGGGGUGUUACAGCAAUGAGUCCGCGUUCGGCCGUGUGUAGGAAGGAAGGAUGGUGGUAGGUAUAAGAUGGCAGUUAAUUUCCAUUUCAAGACAGGAGGGAGGAGGGCGAUUUCUAAAGUUCUCUUAAUCCUGAGGUGUGGGAUGGGCCAGGAGUGUGGAGGGUGGUUAGCAGGGGAGGGCCAGGGCUCUGAGGAUUGCGGGGCUGGUGGAAGCUCACAUUAGGAAUGAAUUUAACCAAGUCUGGGUUGUGUGGCUGUUAAACUCACUCCCAGGUGCGGUCUUUGAUUUCCUCAGGCCCCACUCUAGCACAGGAGGCACCAUCUAUUUCAGCCUUCUGCUUCUGCCUCUGUUUGGUCCCAGCUGGGGGCAGCACAGACACCAAAGCCCCCACACAUCCAGGGGGCCGUUGUGGGCAGCGGGGCCCCGGGCGCUGACAGCCGGUUCUGCAGCGUCCCUCCCUGCUGCUCUGUCCCUCGAGGGCUGCCUGGCCACUGCCCCUUGCCCCUUCUCCACGGGGCUUCACUAAGCAUUCUAACCGCUGGGGCUGCUUCAUCUCCCCUCCCUAAAGUUCAAGCCACUGUAGGCAUCAUUUCUGUUUUAAAAAAAAAAAUCUAUUAAAGUUUGACUAUUUGACAUUUUUAUAGUGAUUGCCAACUUUAAAAAAAGCACUGAUGCUGUUCUCAGAGAGUAGAAUGGUGCUUCUAAAUCACCUCUGUAUCUGUUUCUUCUCUGGGGACAGUAGACUGUUGAAAUAAAAUAAGCAGU